AUGGCAGCUCCGUCCGGCUCGGCGCGCACGGGAAUUCUGGGCCUGGAUCAUCUCCCCUCAGCCCUAAUGGCAACGAUCAUGACAAAGCUCGACAUCCCUUCCAUCCUAUCACUGGCUUCCACGUGUACGGCCUGCCGCUCCUGCGCUGCCGAAAUCCUCUCAUUUCUCCCCAAUUUCCAUCUGCCUGAUAUUGCGCCUUCAAUUGAUUUAUUGGGGCCGCUGCUUCCGCACUGCAACCCCUACUUACGUAGCUUGAAGGUGGACUGCACUCGCCUCGAUGAUUCGUCGUUGGAUUCCCUCCUCCACCCUUCGCUGCAGGAGCUCUACCUCCGGAAUUGCACGGAGUUCAGCGGCAGGCUUUUAUCCGAGCUAGGCCGCACUUGCAGGGAUCUUAGGUUUCUGUAUUUAAGUUCAGUGGCAGAGAAGAGGGGAAGAUCAGUUGAUGUAUUGCAUCUAGAGGAAAUGCUUAGUGGUUGCACUCAAUUGGAAACAUUGAUCCUGAUGUUUGAUGUCUCCGUAUUUCUGCGCCAUAGUUUUGCUCGUGUGUGGGCUCUGGCCUCACCAAAACUCAUUUCUCUUGAGAUCGAGUAUAUUUCUUCAGUAAUGAUGACGGAACUGCUUAGUAUGCUUCCCAAGUUGAAGACUCUACUUCUUGACGGCUGUGAUUUAACUGAUGCAGGUUUAUCCUACUUAAGCAAAGGUGUGAUGAAUCACCUGGUUUCGUUGUCUGUGAGAGGAUGCAGGAGACUCACUGACAGAUGCAUCUCUUCUCUUUUUGAUGGGAAUUCUAACCCAGAAUUAAGAGAAUUGGAUCUAUCAAAUCUUCCAAAUAUAUCUGACGCUGCUGUCCUGUUACUAGCAAGAAGCCGCAUCCUAAUAUCCGAGCUGCGGAUGAGACAAUGCCCCCUCAUUGGUGACACUUCUAUCAUGGCACUAGCCUCGAUGCAGGUUGAUGAGAACACUUGGUGUGGAAGUAGCUUGAGGUUGUUGGAUAUCUAUAACUGUGGGGGCAUCACUCAACUUGCAUUCCGGUGGUUGAAGAAGCCGUAUUUCCCUAGAUUGAGAUGGUUGGGGGUGACGGGAUCCAUGAACAGGGAUGUAGUUGAGGCUCUGGCAAGAAGCAGGCCGUAUAUGCACGUUACUACGCAGGGUGAGGAACUAGGGACAGAACAGUGGGAGGAUGCUCAUUUGCAAGACUACGACGAUGUGGACGAGUUUGAGGAGUGGCUUUUAGGAGGA